AUGUCGAUAUAUUUUGUUAGUCAUGUCCUGAAUGCAGCAGAGCGCAGAUAUCCAAUAAUUGAGAAGAUGGCAUUGGUAGUGGUGAUAGCGGCAAGAAAGUUAAGACCAUACUUUGACGCGCAUCCAAUAGAUGUUCUGACAAAUUAUCUGUUGGAAAAGCCUUUGCACAAGAUGGAUACGUCAGGACGGUUGUUGAAGUGGGCGGUGGAGUUGUCGGAAUAUGAGAUACACUAUAAGCCCAGGGUAUCAAUAAAGGCACAAGCCUUAUCUGACUUCAGAGUAGAGGCUUCAUGUACAGAUGAAGAGGAGGAAAUAGGCACCUGGCAGGCAACCAAAAAUGAAGCUGAGUACGAAGCAGCAGUGGCUGGAAUUCAGUUAUCCAUUGCGGCUGAGGCAAAACGGUUAAUUCUGACAACUGAUUCCCAACUCGUGUCAAGUCAGUACAAUGGAGAAUAUAAGACACAAGAGUCAACAAUGAUCAAAUACCUAGAAAAGAUGAAUCAACUAACGGCACAACUGCAGUACUUUGAAAUAAAUCUUGUACCGAGAGCCCAGAACGUGCAGGCUGAUGCUUUGGCAAGAUUGGCUACUUCAAGUUUCAAUAACUUGGAAAGAACCCUGAUGGUUGAAUUUUUGAGUCAGAAGAGUAUAAAUGAAGUAUCAGAACAAGUACUUUGUGUCAAUAGCGCCACCCAAUGGUAUGAUAACAUAUUGGCAUUUCUCAUACAUGGGGUGUUGCCAGUAGAUAAGGGAGAAUCACGAAAGUUACUAAAGGACAAUGUGUGGUUCAUUAUGCAUCAAGGGCAGUUGUAUAAAAGAAUCUUUUCAUUACCGUUGAUGAGAUGUAUAAGUGAUCUUGAAUCGAAAAGGUUAAUUGAAGAUAUACAUGAAGGUACAUGCAGCAACCACCUCAGGCCGAGAGUUCUAUCAAGAGAAGCAAUGAGGAGAGGCUAUUACUGGCAGACUAUGAAUGAAGAUGCGGUCCGAUAUCUGAGAACAUGUGAAAAGUGCCAGAAGUUUGCGCCAGCUAUCAAUCUACCGCCAAACGAUUUAACACCAAUACUGAAUCCGGUUCCUUUUGCGCAAUGGGGAAUGAAUAUAGUAGGACCGUUUCUAUCAGCAACAGGAGGUAGGAAGUUUUUAUUGGUGGCUAUUGAUUAUUUCACAAAGGGGAUAGAGGCUGAGCCGGUAGCGAAAAUAACAGCGGCGGAGGUUAAAAAAUACAUUUGGAAAAAUAUAUUCGCAAGGUUCGGGUUGCCGAUGGCCAUGGUUUUCGACCAUGGAUCUCAGUUUGAUUGUAAGCCGGUGAAAGAGCUUUUGUCAAUGUACAAAGUAAAAUUUUCUUAUGCGGCGGUAUGCCAUCCGCAAUCGAAUGGGCAAGCGGAAGCAGCGAAUAAGCAAAUCAUAACGGCAAUUAAAAAGAAGAUAGAAGAUGCAAAAUGA